AUGCUGCACAAUUUUAUUAUUGAUACAUUGACGUCUGCGAGAAAGACGCAACUUGUGGAUGGCCAUUUGUUGCGCAGCCAAUGUGGUGUAAAUGAUCGCGCUAAGGCCCACAAACGCUUUAAGGAUGCGAUGCUUGCCGUAGCGCUUUCUGCAAUUUCAGAAAUACCAUCACGACUUCCCAUUUUAUUUGUACGCAAUACAAACAAUGGCACACGAGCAACAGCGACAACCGGCAAUACCUCCAGUGCUACUGCAUUUCAAGUGGCAAAUCCGUUAGAAAACGCAGCGCAGGAAAGAUUUGUACUUCACAGUAACAGCAGCGCUGGCAGCAGUGGCAGCAGUCGGAAUAAUAACAAUCCCAACAAUACUACCAACAACCAAUUUAUUAAUCGACCAUUGCUGUGCAGGACACCACCGCCAGUUUAUAAUUCUUUGCCAUCAACCCCACCUCCGGUAUAUACGCCUCGUUGCAUAGAGUACACCAAUUCAAACGAAAGACAAGUGCGAAUAGUACGGGAGUGUAAUAGUCAAGAGAACGCUUCAGUACGGGAUUAUGUUCAAGCAGUUGAAUCAUCAAAUCUGGAACGUAGGCAGUUUGUAGAGCUACAUAGCGCAGAGUAUGCAGCAAAUGGAAGUGAAGCUACUGCAUCAACGACACAAGCAACACCAACACAGCAAGCAAACUACCAACAACAGGCACAGCAACACCAAUUACUGCAGCAACAGCACUUACGUCGGCGUAGAAGAUUGCAUUUGUUGCAACAGUUGCAACCACAGUGUUUCCCAAUCAGCAGCAUCAAUAGAGAAGACAGUAGCAGCAGCGACAGCAGUAGUUCCAGCUGUAGUUUCAGCGAUAGCGAAACAGAAGUCACAACCAGAAAUGAGUCACGCAGAAGAGUACCAAUACGUUGUGUGAGAGGAGUACGAGACGCCUAUUGUCCCGAUUUGUUGAAUGCUUGUUCACUUAUACUACAUCAGCAACCAACAAGUGAUUCUUCUAUUGGCAGCUUCACUGAUACAUUACCUGCAUUAAGUCAGUCUUCAGAUUACAUUGAUAUUGAUGAAUUCCGCCCACAGCAAAGAGGCGUAUGCAAUCAAUCUAAUCAAAAUAGAGAUUAUGGGCAUUUGGCACCAGUUUCACAUAGACUACAACACUCAAAAAGCACGCCAGCGUUAAAUGCACAGCGUCAUGAAAUACAGGGUUCAUCACAACAUGCUGUGCAUGCAAAAAGAGGAACUGAAAACGAGCAUAGCAAUUGUGCACAAUUAGAUAAUAAAGGAAUUUCGAGGAACCAAAGAAAAAUAUCGCAGGAAAUGGGUCAAAGUAUAAGCCUUAGAAGACCACGCAUAUCACUGACAUGGGUUUUAAGAGAACAACAGCAACAACAACAACAAUCGCAGCAAAAUGAUACAGAAUCUGAUCCCAAGCCAGAGGAAAAGAUCUCAAAUAAUUUAUUACAAACGACUCAAAAUAAUAAUAAUGGUUAUGCAAAUGGACUAGAACUGAAACAAGAGGAAAAACAACAACAAGCACAAGCACAACAACUACAACAAAAAAGAACGGAAGUGGUGCCAACACAAUUGGAGCCAACGAAGAAACGGUAUCGGAUCAAGCAAUUGCCUGGCAAAUGUCCAGAUCCACUUAAUGGUUACGCGACUACGCCUACGGCCUACGCUACAGCCACAGUGCCACAAAAAUUUUUUAGCAACCAAAAUCUGCUGGAUUAUAGGGAAAAACAUCGAGUGACACCAUCCAAAGAAUUAUUGUUUGUAUGCACACCCCAACGCUUACCAAAGAGCUAUGAUAACAGCGAAGCCUUAGCUUUGGCCAAAAAACGAAAUGAGAUACGUAAAAAAUUAGCUGCGAAAAUGACAACCGUGCCCACCAACGGUACAACACGUGCAGGAAUCAAUGCUGAACCGAACUCUACUGUUACCAAUGCAGCUAAUGGUGUACUGGACAACGAUGAGCUCAAGUCAUUGAAGGGUACAUAUUCAGAGCCUAGUUUAAUUGCUGCUUCAGAAGGAAAUCAUCAUCGUCGACAUCGGCAUCGUAAGCGACGUGAACGGACACGCGUUCAAAAGUUCGGCUAUGAGAUUAGUAACGUUGAUGAAUUCUUAUCGAAAUGCUCACUUGCUUCCCCAGGUAACAUACCUGUUGUGCUCUCUACUUCCAGUACACUAUAUCAAACGAGAACUGGAGGUUAUCAAGUGGAGAUACCUCUUCCAUUAGGUAUGGUAGUCAAUGCAGUUUUCAAAAAUCAAAGCUGGCUUUAUGUGCAAACACCGCAUGCGGAAGAAGGCUAUAUUGGCUAUGCCUGUUGUCUGCCUCUGGGCAUAUUACCACCUGCUGCACGAGGUAUAGGCGAAGGCAGCUCAAAACCUACACCUUGUUGGGAAUCCAAUUGUGAUAUAUUUCCACGUCCUUGUGGCAAUAUGACCGAUUCAGAAAAAGAAAUUCGUUUGCGCGGUGGCACACGUUCUGAUGGUGCACGCACACCUCGUGGCAAACGCACAGAAACUAAUCGUGAAGCAGACAAAGUAAAUGGCAACUUCACACCAUAUGGUGAACAUCAAGUAGACAAAUUGUACUUACGUGCCGCUUCACAACCGAAACUAGUCGCUAAAGCAUAUGCGCAACUAAAGUCAACCAAAAAUGCUUCAAUACGUACCACAAAUGAUGAAUACGCCACCAUACAGCGGCAGAAGUCCAAAUCGCAUAUGGAAAAGCAUAUGCAACAACAACAACAGCAGUUACAGCAACUGCAACAGAAACAAGUUCUCAAAGGUCCAUUCAUAACAAAUGGUCACAAUGGUCAGCACUUACAUCCAAAAAAUACGCCUGUCUAUACGUCGGGUACAGCAAAUCCAGUAAACAACACUAAUCUGAACGGAACUGUUAUCCAUGGAAUGAAGAAACAACAUGGAUUGCGCCAGACACUAGUCGCUAUCAACACUGAUUAUACAACUGCAAGUAUAACGCUGAAGAAGGGUGAAAUUGUGACACUCUGCGAGUGUCGUCAAUCUAAAGACCAUCGUCAGUGGUUCUAUGUUAAAACGCGAGAUGGACGCGAAGGUUAUAUACCGGCUGAAGUUGCAGGGCAUGGCUAUUUGUAAAUCCUUGACAAUUCAAUUGGGAUCAACAAUAGUCAAUAUAUGUUUUCCAUUGAAGAUACUUUAAACCAAAAAAACCAAAACUCCCCUCCUUGUUGGCUGCAACGUUCAUCUGAAGAUACGGGUAUUAAGCAUGUUUGCAUCGAAGGAAGUAAUUAUGUUAAAAAUCGUGUUGGAUGAAAAUAUUCAACGAAGUCUAGUUUAAGCCACAGUCAUUCCAAUCGCUUUGUAUUUAUAACUAUACCAUAUUAUAUAUAAUAUGUAUUUUACUUUAAGGUUUUUAAAUUAUUGUAUUGCAAUAUAUGUAUGAGUGUACAAUUUAGUAGCUAAA